AUGGAGCUCCCUUCUUUCUUAACACCCGCUUGGCUCGUUCUCGCCCUACUGACCGGCUGCCUUGUCUUCUACCUCACGGCUUUGCCGCGACCAUUACCUGGCAUCCCGUAUGUGCCAGAAUCACGAUGGAAGCUAUUCGGAGAUCUGCCAGCAGCCAUGGCAUACCAAAAGAAGACUGGCACACUGAUAGGAUAUUUCGCGAACCAGCUAGUCAAGCGCAACGAACCAGUCAUGCAGUUUUUCCUACUGCCAUUCGUUCGCCCUUCGCUAUAUAUCUGUGAUGGACGUGAAGCUUCAGAUGCAAUGACCCACCGCAUCAAGGAAUUUGAUCGGAGCAAGCUGUUCAGCGAUAUCUUCCGCGCAUAUGUGCCUCAUAGCAGCAUUACCUUUCCAACUAACAAUGAUUGGAAGUAUAACAGGUCUCUGAUAGGCCAAACAAUGCUCCCACGCUUCCUGGACGCCUCAGGCGCAAAACAGGCAUAUGGAGCUUUCCAGCAACUGGUCUCAGUGUGGCGAGAAAAGACGAGGAUUGCCAAUGGUCGUGCAAUUGAUGUCGCCGGUGACACCCACAUGGCGUCCACUGAUGCCAUCUGGGCAAUGACCUUUAGAUCGAGCAUUGACACGUGCAAGACAGCGGCAGAACAUGUCUCCAAGGCUCCGAGUCUUGAGUCGCCCACGGGUGCGGACGCUUCAUACAUUGCUAUAGCCAUGGGCUACUGGACACACUGGCUGGCAAUGAGUUUACUCCCAAGCCUACGCAAUGCGAAGAGGAUUCGAGACAAGCUCGUUCGUGAAAGACUCAUUCAGACAUAUGCAAAGUUUGCCUCAAAUAUGCAGGACUCCAAGACCACUGCGCAAGGCAUGACGUCUGCAAUUGAUAUUACCGUGCAGCGAGAAAUCACUGUUGCCGCGAAGGAAGGCCGGCCAACCCUGGGCCCAAAGGCGACCGAACGCAUACACAACGAAUUGAGUCUUUUUCUAGCAGCCGGUUCUGCUACAACUGCGGAUACCUUGUCAUGGGUUCAUGUUGCAGGUCUCAAACGAGUGACUGCCCACCAAGACUUCCAGUCUGUUCUGCAGGCUGAAAUGAUUGACAAGUUCUCGUUAUUCCAUAAGAACAGAGUACCACCUACAGCUGAGGCAAUAGCUACAGCAGGCCUACCACAAUUGGAUGCUUUCAUGGAGGAAGUCCUUCGAUGCCACCCCCUUGGAAAUGCAAAUUUGCGUCGAACCCUUCGAGACACCUUAAUUCUCGGAUACCAUAUGCUUCUUCGUAGUUCGUUGGCUCAGUCCAAUGUCGGGCUUCUUCAACUGACUAAUAUCCUUCUACAGACCGCCGGUCCCAGUCUUACCAGUGCCCCUUUUCCAGUCUCCGAUCAAAACCGCUCCGGAACCUCGUUGAAAGCUACGACUUCGAGAUGGGAUCGCUACUCCGAUCUCGAGACGUUUCGUCCAGAUCGCUGGCUAAUUCAGGACUCGUCAGACCCUAGCAAAGUGAGGUUCGAUCCGUCAGCAUACCCUAUGCAAUCAUUUGGUGAAGGACCGAGAGCAUGCUUUGGGAAAAAGUUCGCAUAUCUGGAAAUGCGUAUCGCGUUCACGUUCAUUCUGUGGAAUUUCGAGCUGCUGCCUCUCCCCGCGGAGUUAGUUGACUUCGAUGUUGAUGAGAAGUUGACCAGGGACUCGAGGAACGUCCGGUUCAAGCUGAGAAGAAUCUCCUAA